AUGGCAACAGAGAAGGCCUACAAGGAGACGAGAGGGCAGCCUCUCAAAGUGGUGAGGCGCCACUGCAAAUGGGAGCAUCCUCCUCCAGGUGUGUUCAAAUUCAAUGUUAAUGGGGCUAUUUUUCAGAAUCAACGUAGUGCUGGCAUUGGUGCUGUUUUGAGGGACUGUAAAGGUGAAGUUCUAAUGGCAAUUAGUAAAAAGGAGCAAGAAGUAAGUGAUCCUACAGGAGUUGAGAUGCUAGCAAUCUUCAGGGGCUUGCAGUUGAGUGUGCACCUGGGAAUUCAUCAUCUCAUUAUCGAGAGUGAUGCUUUAACCUUAGUGUGGGAUGUGCUGGUGAUUGGGACGGGGCUUGUCAUUCUUGCUUGUAAGCUUAAAAAGGUGAAAGUGGCUCUUCGUGAAUGGAAUAAGUGA